AUGUCUGAAUCGCACCAUAUCACCGACGACCUCGGAAAACUCCAAUAUGUGCCCUUCGCAACCUGCAACGAAACCGCACGCCCCCUCUCCAUCCAUUACGGCAUCUCCGAAACAAUAACCUGCACCAUCGCCUCACUUACCGAUGAGAUGUACCACCUCCUCGAGUUCUACGUCCAUUCCGACGUACCAAUGACCUGCCGCAUCCCAACAGCACCCCUCACCCAAGCCAACAACGGCGACCACACGGAGAAAACCAAAGCCGAAGACGCAGAGUCAUCCUCUGGCGAAGCCGACUCCCUCUCCGCACUGACUGAUAACGGCCCACCCUUUACACCACUCACAAUCGCCUUGCAGGGCACCCUGCAACGCAGCCACCUGCACAUCUGGACAGACAUGAAUGUGGUCAUGCACAACAUGGCGUCCGACGCGGCAGCCGAGCAGAAGACGCUUAAUGGCGCGCAAUCUGGCCAGCCCGGAUUCGCCGUUGCGGGCACUGCGUACUCGACGCCUGAGUUUGAUAAUACUGGCAAGAAUCCGCGGCUGGAUGAGGACGAGGAGCCUGUUGCUCUUGCGCAGGCGGCGCGUGAGCCGUGGACCGCUGGGCAUGGCACCAAGGUUGUGCGCGGUGAGCCGCUUACGUUCUCGUUCCAUGUUGCUUGGUUGGAGGGUGGUGAUAGUAUUGGGUGGCCGGUUCGGCCUGGUUCGGCGUCUUGGUUGUCUUUGGCUACUGGGUCUGGGAAGGCGGCUGGGUCGUUCUUCUCCAAGUUGUUCUUUUUUGUGAUGGCUGCUUCGGUUGGUGCGUUGCUUGCUAUUUACUGGGAGAGGAAUGGCGGCCGUGGACGUCCUGCUUGGCAUGGUGAUGGGCUUUUGGGUGGUACGCCUGCUAGAGGUGCCAAGGGUCCUGGUGUUACUUUUGGCAAUGGGGGCAGGGCUAAUGGGUAUGGUGGUUAUUCUGGUUCGCCUAAUGGGAACGGGGCUAGUGGUGGUGGGUAUGGAUUCCCUACUGGAAAGAGGGACUGA